UUUGUACUCGUUCUCGUUGACUAACUAAAAUUUAUGUCAUAAACGGGCUGGGGUUAUGCCAAGGAUGAGCCCACAAUGUUGUUGGCUAUGGUUUGUUGCUGAAUUACGUUAUGCAACAGCGUCUAUUGCAUAUUUGAUUGCUGGCGUGUCGGGCAGUAAAAUGUUGAAAUCUGAUGAAAACUUUAGUAUGCGUCACUACUCUCUCGGUUGAAAUAGAUAGAAUCAUUUUUACGAAAGCUAUGGAGGAAUUUGAGAGGGCCUUGGCCAAUGCUCAAUUGAUUAGACGAGUUCAACACAAUCAAGAUAAGUUAAGAAAAUUUUUGAACUUAGACAGCUAAGACGGCCGUUUCCAAAAGAAGUUAUCGUUUUGCUCGCAAGGCAAUCGGCGAGGCAAUGUAUACGAUAAAAAAACUGCAGGAUACAAGGAAAGGCGUUUAAAAGAAGUGUAAUGACGUCAGGAAGAAGCUUUCUUGUUGAUUUAAGGAGAAAAAUUGGUUAAUCUGCUUUCGAAGAAGUGUUAGCCAUGCAUGUUUGCCAUUGAUGACAUAUAAAGCAUGUACGACGGAAUUUAGGGCACGAAGAAUAUUUCCACCGCCAUUGAAUAUGCUGCGAGCAGAAACUGUGGAUUAUAUCAAAAGGAGCAAAAUUGAAAGCCACCCCAGAAAUUGUCGUCUGGUCAAGGAUUGAAGUCUAUUGAAGUUGUAUUGAAUCAAUCAUUAAGCAUUCAAUGACGUCAUUACAAUGGUUUCUUAUGUUACAUAAAAAGUCAGAGAACUGUAUUUUCCGAGAUAUUUGACAAUCAUGGAGGGUCGAACAGCUUUUCUAGUAUUAGCACUGUUUCAAAUGGCGUUCAUUUCUUCUGCGUUCGAUCUCUAUGGUUCAAUGGAUGAUGCCCGUGAUGCAAUAAUGUCAUUCAGUUAUAAUCCCAUACACAUCGUGAAAGCGUUUGGUACAAAAGCAGUAGGUGUAGCAAAGAAAUUUGUUGGAGAGUAUUUUUUUAAGAGACUUAGUUGCUUUCCUUCCUUUUUCGGGCACAUAUCAUCUCGUAUUAUGUCAUCAUUACCUCAACCAUGGAUCAACAAGAAGAAACGAUUUCCAUUAAAUAAUGCUUUCGAUAUUUAUGGUUCAAUGGAUGACGCGCAAGACGCGAUAAUGUCAUUUUAUGAUCCUGUGCACACCGAGGAAGCUUCUAGCGCCACGACACCGGUAUUGAAGAGAGUGAACAAGAAAUUGACUGGUAAACCGAGGCAAGUGAAGAAGAAACGAAUAUCAUUAAAUAAAUUUACAGAAGCUAUGGGGGACAUUGAGAAGGCCGUAGCCGACGCUCAAUUGAUCAUACGAGUCCAACACGAUGAAGAUAGACUAAGAAAAAUGACAAAGUUGAUUAAGACAGCCGUUUUAAAGAGAAGUUAUGGUUUUGCUCGCAAGGCAAUCGGUGAGGCAAUGUAUACGAUUAAGAAACUGCAGGGAAAAAGGAACAGCAGACGAGGUAAAAGAAGUUCAACAUUAUCAACUAAGAACUUUAUUCUCAACUUAAAAAAGACAAUCGGUGCAUCGGCUUUCAACGAUUUGUUUGCCAUGCAUGGUCAGGUUACACUUAUGUUUGCCAUUGAUGACACUGGGAGCAUGAGUGAUGAAAUUCAGGGUGCGAAGAAUUUAGCCACAGCUAUUGUGAACAAGCAGCGAGAAGAACCCGUGGAUUAUAUCUUGUCGCCUUUUAAUGAUCCAGGCACUGGUCCGGUCACAUAUUGUGAUGAAACACAAACAGACAAAUUUCUUGAGGCGAUUUCCUCAUUGGAACCUCAUGGUGGAGAAGACUGUGCCGAGUUGACGUUCACUGGUAUGAACAAUGCCAUCGAUGGAGGUCCUCAGCCACGUUCUCCACUUUACGUGUUUACUGAUGCCGGACCAAAAGACGCCAACAACAAAAACAUCACGUACUUAUUGGAAAUCGCCAAAAAACAAGGAUUUGUCGUCAAUUUCUUUGUUGUGAAAGGCACGGGAUGUUCUAGGAAGGCUGACAUUACGAUCUUUCAUAAAAUAGCUGAAGGGACGGGCGGUCAAGUGUUUGAAUUGGAAGAUGCGGCCGAAUUAGAGAAAUUUGCCAGUCUUACUGCCACUUCGCUUCAUGCAACAGCAGACGUUAGUAAGUUUAGUUACAAAGCUACUACUGAACGGAAAAAAAGAAGUUUGUCGAAACAAAAUAAGCUAUAUCCAAUCACUGUUGACGAUUCUAUCGACACAAUGGUCAUUUCAGUAACCGCUGAUCAAGCUUAUGGAAGCGGAAAUUCGUGGAGUGUGACUUCUUCCACAGGAUCGCUCGCGGGCGUCCCAACUGAGAAAUUGAGCUAUGGGAGAAUUUAUGAAAUCUCAAAUCCUAAAGUUGGAAUAUGGAAUUUAGAAAUACAAUCGAGACCGGACGUGAACUAUGAUAUUUCAGUAAAGGGAGUGAGUACAGAUAAUAUUGACUGUCAAGUUUAUUUUGUUCGAACGACCUCUCGUCGUGGAGUACAAACCACAUUCCCGAUAUCAUCUCCUAUAUUAGGUGUUCAAGCUGAAGCAAUUUUAACUGUUGGAGGAAUCUCUCAUGUCAACAAGAGAAGUUUGGCCGCGGAACUUGUGACUUUGGGUGGUGACGUCAUCACAAGCACAAGACCAACGUCAUUCUCCGCUAAAGAUAGCAAAGGGAUUAGGUAUUCGUUCAAAUUUCAUCCACCAAAUCAAAUUUUCAAAAUCAAAUUGAAAGGUCUCACAAAGAAAGGCAAUUCAUUCGAGCGCAUUUCUAAAACACCAGUUAAAGCAGAAACAUUGAUAGUGAAAGUAUUGUACGCAAGAAACGAUUUCACAUUGAAACACGGAAGCACAACUUUUUUAAUUUUCUCGAUUGAGAACUUUGGGAACAAUGAGGUCGUCGAUUUUAAAUCGUUUGGAAACUUGGGAACAGUCAAAAGUCAGAACAGAAAGUUUGGUCUCGCGCGUAAAGGUCGGGAAACAUCGUUUGCCGUCACGUUCCGAGGAAAACCGAAAGCCACCCCAGGUAUGACUGUUACAGUCGUAGUGUCUGUGACAGGAAGAAGUUCUGGUUCAGUAGCAAAGGUGUCUGUUCCAUUGCUGGUUGUUGAAUGAUACAAGGAAUGAAAAAUUCUUGCAUGUAAUUGUUUAUAUUUACCUUUUAGUUAACAGCAGAAAUCUUUUAUAAAUCAUAACGGAAUGCGUAUUUCGUUAUAUUAUAGUAAUAACUAUUUUAAUGUGAGGUAGUAAAUUAGUGAUAAAUACGAUGGAAAUUGUUCAUAUAUAUUCUUACAUUUUCAUGAAAA